GGAGAAGGGAUCAGGAGCGGGAGCUGAGGGGAGGGAGAGGCCGGUCCGGGUCUGGCCGCGGCAGCUGCUCGCCCGAGGUCUCCAGGCCCGGCUGCGGCUCCGUCCUCCGUUCCUGGGCACCGUCUGCGAAGCUCCGCCGGGCCAGCGUGGGAGAGCCGCAGGCGGCGACCGCCGCAUCAUGUCAGCCAAGGACGAGCGGGCCAGGGAGAUCCUGAGGGGCUUCAAACUAAAUUGGAUGAACCUCCGGGAUGCUGAAACAGGGAAGAUACUGUGGCAAGGAACAGAAGACCUGUCAGUCCCUGGAGUGGAGCAUGAAGCCCGUGUUCCCAAGAAAAUCCUCAAGUGCAAGGCAGUGUCUCGAGAAUUGAACUUCUCUUCAGCAGAGCAAAUGGAAAAAUUCCGCCUGGAACAGAAAGUUUACUUCAAAGGGCAAUGCCUAGAAGAGUGGUUCUUCGAGUUUGGCUUUGUGAUCCCGAACUCCACAAACACCUGGCAGUCCCUGAUAGAGGCAGCGCCCGAGUCCCAGAUGAUGCCCGCCAGCGUGCUAACUGGGAAUGUUAUCAUAGAGACAAAGUUUUUUGACGACGAUCUUCUUGUAAGCACAUCCAGAGUGAGACUUUUCUACGUUUGAGAGAAGAAUGUGUGUGCAUUUCAAGAAUUUGGGUUUUUUGGAGGAAAGGAGGAAACUGUUUACUUUUUUCCUCCACACAUUUGGUUUUUGACACUUCCACCCCUAAUUCCCUGUACGGCAGAACCCACCUGCGGCCACCAGGGGACCAGUUCUGUGUAGGUAACCAGAUGGCUGUUAACUCCCAGCCGCCAUCUUCCACUGACCAGACUCAACUCCCAACCCCAGACCAGGGCAGAGGGUGAGCCUUGACUCCUUCCCAGGGUGACACGGGACAGACGCUUACCACAAGAGCCACUGCUGUUCCCGCCCCCGCCCUGCCUCCUCCUUGGGCCCUGCAGGCAACACAUCUUCCUUUGGCCCCUGGUUUUGGAAAAAUUCAUAUUCCUGACCUAUGUUUAGUUUUUUCCUACCAUUUCUAUUUCAUACAUUCUCAUACAUUUAACUUGUAAAAUAGACUGUGAUAUUAUUAUUACGUAAUGAAUUAAAACAUAUGAAUUAAAAUAUUCCUACAGUCUUUA